AUGGCUGAAGUUGCUGAUGACAUUGAAGCACCCGGCGGUGAACAGUCUGUUAGUAGCUCAGCAGAACCGUUGGAAAAUAACAGAACUUCCGAGGGGGAAGGUGAUGGUGAAGUUGAACAGCAUGACGUAUCAGUAAUACAAGAAGAUCAACAUGAUAAUGACUUAUCCCAGGAUACCCAUGAACCUCUUACCGAUGAACAUGAAGAUAGUCGAGCAGAGCAAGAUGACUAUAACGCAGCAGCAGCUGCUGCCUUAGCAGACUUUGAAGCAGAAGAUGAAGGAGAUGGCAAUGGAGAAGACGACGACGCUGUUAAUGUAAUUAUAAAACAAACCAGUAAGGGAGGCAUAUACAAGACCGGUACGGCUUAUCAAGCGAGAUCGGCUUCUCAUCCAUCACAGUAUUCAAAAGGUACUCGUCAGGGCAUAGAACUUGAUGACCCAGGAGACAUUCAUGGUGUACCGACUAUCGAAUUCAGUCUUUCCACUCUGGGUGAGGAGGAUAAACCAUGGAAACGCCCUGGUGCAGACAUAACGGACUACUUUAAUUACGGAUUUACUGAAGAAACUUGGAUCCAGUAUUGUGAAAAACAGAAGAUUCUUCGUCAGGAGUAUGCCAAUGCUACUCUAAAGCCUGUCCUGGGUAGUGGUGGGACAGGAUUACUGCAACGUAUGCGUACUGGUGGUGCGAGCACGGGAAUUCGAUCUUACGACAACUUCAAACAGGCCAGCAUUAACGUAAUCAAUCUGAGUAACGUCACUAAUCGUUCCUCCGGCCAGGGUCUUUUGGGUCAGAAGGAAUCGGUCGAUGGGCAGUCCACCGUACUUAAUGGCGGUACCAACAAUUCGUCGAGCUUACUGGGUCAGUUUACCCAACCACCACCAGGCUACCUUCCCGGAGCUGCACAACUGGGCGGAUCCGGUAAUUCGACAGGUGGAACAGGAACUGGUGUGUUUGCAGUCCCCCCACCGGGAUUUUCAGCGCUAGCUGCAGGUGGGGCUGCCCAACUUUUGACCACAGCAAAUGCUGCUGCUGGAACGGGUUCGAGCAGCAGUGUGUUUCCCAACCUCAAUGUACCACCUCCGGUCCUUAGUGGGCUAGCUGAUAACUGGCCUGGUUCUCUCGGAGUGCACAAUCUACUUAACGCGGGAGAUGCUCUAAUAGAUCCAACGACUGGCCAACUUACUGGUCUUUUGGAUCAUUCUCGAAGAAGUCCUGAAUCUGUGUAG